UCCUGCACCAAUGUACAAAUUCUAGAUAAAUAUGAGUAUUGGUCUUCAUAACCCGUAGCAUAUGUUCGAACAAUAUAUUCCCUUGACAGUGUGGAACUUUGAAUUGACCGGAAAAAGAUUCAAAUAUCAAUAUGUGGACAAAAUGGAUUUGAAUUGUAGUUUAGGUAAGAACAGUGAAUCUGAGAAUCUAAGUACCUAGUAAGCCUGAGUCAAAUUGUCAAUUGGAUAAUGAAUUUUUAAUCUACCAAGAAAUCCAAUUUUGAAGCUAUCAGCCAUGUAACCAGGGAAAAAAGUUUCAAUUACACUGAUAUCAGUAUCUAUCUAGAUUGAAAAAGGAGUUUAAAGUUAUAUAUGAUGUUCAUAAAAGCCACUACCAGAUUUCUGGAAAGGGGUGACUUUACAAGUCUGAAUUAGUAAUGAUGCUCAUGAGUGUCUUUAUUUUUUUUCAUGUCUAUAAUGGGGACUACUCUCAUUGACUCGGAUUUCACAGCUCUUUUUGACUCUGGGACCUCCUUCACAUAUCUGGUUGACCCUCCCUAUAGAAGUCUUUCAGAGAGUUUCCAUUCACAAGCCCAAGAUAAGCGGAGGACACCUGAUCCAAGGAUCCCUUUCGAAUAUUGUUAUGAUAUGAGUCCUGAUGCAAAUACUAGUUUGAUUCCUAGUAUGAGUCUAUCUAUGAAAGGAGGAGGCCAAUUUGCCGUUUAUGAUCCAAUAAUUGUCAUCUCCGUGCAGCAUGAUCUUGUAUAUUGCCUAGCUGUCGUCAAGAGUCAAGAACUGAAUAUAAUUGGACAUAUUGAGGAGCGACUUGGUCGUGGCCAGAAGCUUGCUUAUAGAUUUGAUCGACUUAUGGUUACUUUGUAUCUCUGAAGCUUGUUGGUGGAAGUGGUAGUGUGCUUUAACUUCUAAUAGAAAAAUGCUUAUGUUCAAUUACUUAACUAGGAUGAAGUGACUAAGGACCUUGGUGAGGUUGAUGCAUUGAGGUGUUAUAGAUGACAUACCCAAAACAUCAAAAAACAUAAACAA